UCUUGGCUGUGGUAAAGAUGGCGUCCAUCAUGGAGGGGCCGCUUAGCAAGUGGACUAACGUUAUGAAAGGCUGGCAAUACCGUUGGUUUGUUUUAGACUACAAUGCUGGGCUGCUCUCAUACUAUACGUCAAAAGAUAAGAUGAUGCGAGGAUCCAGAAGAGGCUGUGUACGACUCCGGGGUGCUGUCAUUGGCAUUGAUGACGAGGACGACAGCACAUUCACUAUCACUGUGGACCAAAAGACCUUCCAUUUUCAAGCUCGAGAUGCAGAUGAGCGGGAAAAGUGGAUCCACGCCUUAGAGGGAACGAUCCUCCGUCACACCCUCCAGCUCCGGGAGGCAGAGACAGGAUUUGUUCCCAGUGUCCAGGACUUUGACAAGAAGCUAGCUGAAGCCGAUGCCUAUCUCCAAAUUUUGAUUGACCAGUUAAAGCUGUUUGAUGAGAAGAUCAAGGACUGCAAAGAGGAUGAAUCACGCAGAAAAAUAGAAAAUUUAAAGGAAACUACGUGUAGUAUGGUAGAAUCCAUCAAGCACUGUAUAGUAUUGCUGCAAAUUGCCAAGGACCAAAGUAACGAACAACAACACGCAAACGGACUUAUAAGCACCAUCAACCCUGUGGAUGGGAUCUACCAGCCUCCUCUGGACGCCCCUGUAGUCAACACCACAAUGCCAACACAGGCAGCGCUCCCCUCUGAUGCUCAGGUGUGUAAAUCAGACCAACGACCCUCAACGUUACCUGUUGGAUCCGUUACAGUGAUGGGCAGUUUGCAGACGCCUACUCCUAACAGCACAGGGAGUGGCCCUUCAGUCCCAAGCAGCGGCGUUACCUCCCCGGCUCACAUCCCUUUACCCUCACAUUCAGUGCCAGACUUCUCCUAUUCUUCUAGUGAAGACGAGUUUUAUGAUGCUGACGAGUUUUAUCAGAGCAGCACCUCACCAAAACACUGCAUAGAUCCCUCAGGGCCUCAAGCUGCUUCUCCCAAUACCAAUGAAGACACAGCAUUAAAACGACCCAACACCACAGAGUCCCUCAACUCAUCAAUGUCCAAUGGCACCACAGAAGCAGACCAGUUUGAUAGCCACGAUGAUCGCGAUGAUGAUGGUGAGGGUGAGUCUGUGGAGGAGCACAAGAGUGUCAUUAUGCACUUGCUUUCUCAAGUUCGACUGGGCAUGGACCUCACAAAGGUAGUCUUGCCUACCUUUAUUCUAGAAAGGAGAUCUUUAUUAGAAAUGUAUGCAGACUUUUUUGCACAUCCUGACCUGUUUGUAAGUAUUGCUGAGCAGCCAGAACCCAGAGAGCGCAUGGUUCAAGUUGUAAAAUGGUACCUGUCAGCAUUCCAUGCAGGAAGGAAAGGCUCAGUGGCCAAAAAACCUUACAAUCCAAUUUUAGGAGAGGUCUUCUAUUGCCAUUGGGAUCUGCCAAAUGAGACAACUGAAGAGAUUUCCACACAAAUGGAGACUGUCUCAGAUGGGCCUGUCCCAUGGGCUUCCUCUAACAGUGUGUGUUUUGUAGCAGAGCAGGUCUCUCACCACCCUCCUAUUUCUGCUUUUUAUGCCGAGUGUUUAAAUAGGCAGAUCCAGUUCAAUGCUCACAUCUGGACCAAAUCUAAGUUCCUUGGCAUGUCCAUUGGUGUUCACAAUAUUGGUCAAGGUUGUGUUUCAUGUUUGGAGCAUGAUGAACAUUACAUUCUUACCUUUCCAAAUGGAUAUGGCAGAUCAAUCUUGACAGUGCCUUGGGUGGAGCUGGGUGGAGAGUGCAACAUCUCAUGCUCUAAAUCAGGAUACAGUGCCAACAUUGUAUUUCACACAAAACCAUUCUACGGAGGCAAAAAGCACAGGAUCACGGCUGAGAUCUUCCCACCAAAUGAUAAGAAGUCUUUCUGUUCCAUUGAAGGGGAAUGGAAUGGAGUCAUGUAUGCCAAGUGGGCAACUGGAGAGAACACUGUUUUUAUUGACACCAAAAAGAUGGGUAUAAUCAAGAAGAAAGUCAGAAAGCUAGAAGAUCAGCUAGAGUAUGAAUCGAGAAAACUGUGGAAAGAUGUGACUCAAAACUUGAAGCUGAAAGACAUCGAUGCAGCGACAGAAGCUAAACAUCGUUUGGAGGAGAAACAAAGAGCAGAAGCCAGAGAACGAAAAGAGAAUGAGCAACAAUGGGAGACCAGAUUAUUCCAUGAAGACGGGGAGUGCUGGGUCUACGAUGAGCCUCUACUGAAGAGAAUAACUGAUCAGAGGCAUUAAAGACUCUCCUGUACUUAUGCAUACAUUGAUGCACAUAUAGCAGAGGCUUCAUAAGAACUCUGGCAUAAAAAACUAUUGUUUUCUAAACCUUGGACAAAACUGACGAUAAAAUGUAUACAGUUUUGCAUUUGACUGUAAAACGUAUGGAGGUGAAUGACAUGGAUGCAACCAUAAUAUUAGUAAUAAGCCUCUUUUGGCAAUCUCAGUUCACCAUCAGAGAGACCGGUCAACAUCACGACUGCAGCAGAGAUGGAGCAACAUAACAGCUCUCAUUCUUCAACUUCACAGCCCCUCUCAGCUUCAUGGGACAAACCUGCAGGUCCUAUUUUCCUGCACUUUUAAAGAAGCGGGACAGAGGUGUGGUUGGUAAUAUUCAGAUGAAAUAAACCUUAAAUAAAUCCGUGAUCUACAUCUCAGGGAAUAUGGUGACUGGAGAGAAAGCUGCUGGUCCCUCAAAAUUUCUGAUGGCCUUAUAACAUUGGAACUGACUGAAUCUUAAAGGGCCUGGAGAAUGUCACUACUUGCCUGCAACCAGUUACAGCUGUUAUAUAGAUAAAUAUUGAUGGAUAUAUAGUAUAAAUAUAUAUUAUUUUUUAUUUUCAUUGCUUUUGGGCAGUAGUGUAACAAACAAUGACAUCGACGUGGCUUUGCAUCUUUAUAAAUCAUUCCAGUUUUUCAUCUUGUGUUUCAGUUUUAUUUAAUUUUUGCCUUUACCACAUAAAACUUUGUGUUGAUUCCAAAGCUAGAGCAUGCUGUUAUGGAGAUGAGGGCUAGAUGCAAUUACAUUGUGUCAAACAAGUGUAGUGUCAACUAUGCCAAAAAAAAUAAUAAAAUAAAAUAAAGGCCAAUCCAAAGACACAGAGAAAGGAAGCCCAUUUUCUCUUAUUAAUUUGGAGGCAGACUGACCUAUGUCAGUCACACUCAUGUGAGUGUAGAAUCUCCCAUAAUCCCUGGCAGUUUUGAAAGAUGACAUCUUCAGAAGCACUGUGGUGUUUUAAAAGUGCUGCUCAACAACUCUCACUACAGUCUACAAUUAUUUUAAUGACUUUUUGUUUUUAUCAUUGAUUGGCAUUGUUCUACAUGCUUAUUGCAAUACUUUAUCCUCAAUUGACCCAUUAUUCAUUCUUUUAUACACAUGUUUCAAUACAAAUGCAAUUAUAUGUGGAUGAGAAACAAAAAUAAAUCAUUUUCAGCAAAAUUGUAAUUAUGUUGUAGUCUUGACGUAUUUUUAUGUCACAAUUUCAAUUAUAUGUACGGUGGCCUUUCAUAUUUUAUUUCACACUUUUUUCAUAACUUAUAUCUAAUAUUUUUUAUAUUCUUCUAGUUGUUGAUUCUGCUUUAUUUUAAAUUGAGACAUGGCUAUUUCAAUAAUGUGAUUUUUGUUUUUAGAUAUUGAAAAAUCACAAUUUGUUCCGAGUCUCGGAGACUUUUAAUCUAACCGCUGUGCACUACUUUGUUUGUGCAGGAGGGGCGCUAGUGACACAUGUCCCACAAACCAAUGCGCCAUUUCGGUAUAAAUAGGCUGAGCGUCGACUGAUCUGCCUCAUUCACUCCCGAAAUACAUGGAGUUAUGAAGGCCAGCGUCAUACAACUUUUUUGGUGGAGUAUUUAAAUGCUGCAGUGGGGACGGAAUACUCAACAGACUGUCAGCAGGGUCGAGAUGCCAGCUGAUGAAUCAUUGAUUUUUGAGAUGAAUGAACAGAUCUUUACACAGGCUGCUGGGGGUGGAUGAAAUGCCUUUUAAAUCCAAACUCUACGAUGCGCCCCCUGAGGUCAAAUGCAAUGCUUUCCUUGAAGGAUUUGAUUGAUACCUGAUUUGGUUCUGGUUGACUGCGUUGUGGCUUUGAAGAACCUGCCUCUGGCAUUUGUCUUGGUUAGUACUUUAUUUAUUUUCCCAUACCCCUGCUCGUCUCAAACUGAUACAAUGAUGACUGCAUAGUUCAGCAGACCUUCUGUGAAGAACGAUGUCUUUCGCUCCUAUCUGAUAUGGUGUCUAGGAAUGACUGGCUCUUGAUGUUCCAGCCCUUGGUCCCAAGCAAUCUGGAUGUACUGUUGGCUUGAGUCGCUGUGGUACAGGCCUUGAAGCAUGUCUUUAUCCACCAGAAGAUCAACUCUGUGCUGCUGCCAAGGCCCUCCUUUAAUGUUGGUACCUACUCAGGUUAAUUCUGAUGGUGGAUUCCUGUCCAGAAACCUGUCUUUAUUGAAGUGGAAACUGUCAAAUUACUAUUUAAAAAAUAAAUGUUUGAUCAAUAUAGUUGCUAUUCAAUAAAGUGGUUAAUGUAA